AUGAAGGUCUCUGCAAUCCUUGGAUUCAUCUGCGUGUCUGUUCUGGGUGCUCUAGCGCAGAAUGUCGACAUCAACGUCGUCGGCGCGUCGAGCGUUGCAGCUGGUGGCCCCGACAUCAACGUCGUUGGAGCGACGAGUGUACCGGCGAGUGCUAGUGCUGCUGUGGGAGUUGUACCAGAUGUUAGUGUCGUCGGUGGACACUCCAUCGCUGCUACCAACACUGUCAACGGCGCGCCAGAGGUCAGCGUUAUUGGCUCAUGGACGAUGAGUGAUGCAGCCUCGCCCACUCAGACAGUCUGCUACCAGGUGGUCGAGAGCGGUGGCGCGUCGUCUACAGUUAGCGCGCAGCCAACUAUCGUGAAUGGACUCGUCCCCGCUGGAUACUCUUGCUACCAAGUCUACUCUCAGGGCGGUGGAACCAUGUGGUCGCCUUUGGCACAAGCCGCGCCGAAUUCGCCCAACAAAGCUAUCACCAUUGCCUUGCCCAUCGUCGUCUCCCUCGUUGGCUUGCUUGCACUUGUGGGGGCGUUCUUUACCUACAAGCGCUACCGCGCUCGUCGUGCUGCUGCUGCCGACAAGCACGCGUGGGUGAAUCGUCCUGGUGGAUGGGCAAAGGAUGGUGCAAACGCAGAGACGGCGUCUACAGCCAAAUACUAG